UUGGUGACCGUCAUCAUUCACAUAAUACUCUUUCUGGGCUCAAGACGAGUAACCAGUGGCGCUUACUUGACCGAGGAGAAUGGGACCCUGAAAAGACCAUCCAGUGCACAAGGUUCUUCACAUCGAGGUCGUCUCCAGCACUGCAAAAGUUCACGUGGCCAUCGAUGGAACCACUAUUCAUGAAGAUGGGAUGGUUGAGCAUGGGAGAGGGAUCCAUGUGAUCGUCCUGAACCAGGUCACAGGUCAUGUUAUGGCUAUACGGAUGUUCGACACCUACAUCCCCCAUGAGGACGAAGGCAUGGUCCACUUCCUCCAGAGUUUAAUGCCUGGCCGGAUCCUCAUUUUCACCAUCAAGGACGAGGGCGCGUUCCAUCUCAAGAAGGCUGCAAAGACUCUUCUGAAAAACAUGGGCAGUCAGGUUGCCAUGGGCCUCGACUGGAGAGAUUUGUGGGCCCUAGUUGUCAAGAAAGGAGGUCAGGUGUAUGGAGAGACGCACUCUAAAGUUUCGGACGUGAACUGGAAUGCCAAGACAGCGGCUGUGAUCCUGAGGGCAAAGGUGCAGCUUGUAGCAUCAGAAGAGGCCGAAUGCCCUUGGCCAGACACAGAGGUGAACCGCAAGCGAAAAAAGUUCUGCAAUCAGCUUGAGGGUUAUGGUAACCUUUGCAGCUGCAACGAUCCAGCACCCCUCGAGUUUAUCCCUAACCCGCUGCCUGUUAAUCAUGUUCACAAUGUCCCAGUGGCAGUCAUCGCUGGAAAUCGGCCAAAUUAUUUGUAUAGGAUGCUAAGUAAGCUGCUUUCGACUCCUGGAGUCAACCCUGAGAUGAUCUCCGUCUUCAUAGAUGGUCUCCAUCAGGAGGUAAUGGAUGUGGUGAAACUCUUUGGCCUCCCGGCUUUUCAGCACACCUCCGUCAGCAGACUGAACGGGCGCAUAUGUCAGCACUACAAGGCCAGUCUGACUGCUUCUUUCAAUCUCCACCCGGAUGCAGAGUUUCUCAUUAUUCUGGAAGAGGAUUUGGAGGUCUCCGUAGAUUUCUUCAGCUUUUUCAGCCAGACCAUCCAGUUGUUGAGAGAGGAUGAGAGUAUCUACUGUAUCUCAGCUUGGAAUGACCAGGGCUAUGAGCACUCUGCAGAGGACCCGUCACUGCUUUACCGGCUGGAUACGAUGCCUGGCCUUGGCUGGGUGCUGAAGCGGAGCCUCUAUAAGGACGAGCUCGAGCCCAAAUGGCCCACGCCUGAAAUGUUAUGGGACUGGGAUAUGUGGAUGCGUGAGCCUGAGCAGAGGAAGGGGAGAGCGUGUGUCAUACCAGAUGUGUCUCGGACAUACCACUUUGGCAUCAAUGGCCUCAACAUGUUUGGAUCCUUCCAUGAAUCACAUUUUAAGAACCACAAGCUUAACACUGUGCCAAACGUCCAGCUGAAGAAUGUGACUAGUCUGAAAAAGGAUGCCUACGAACUGGAGAUAAAGAGGCUGUUAAGGGAUGCGCAGGUGGUGAACCACACCAAGCACCCCUGCGAGGACUCCUUCAUCCCUGACACUCGGGGCAAGACUUAUGCCGUGUAUAUCAAGAUGGAGAAGGUGUCCGACACCGACACGUGGAGAAAGCUGGCACAGUGUCUGCAUGUGUGGGACCUUGACAUGCGCGGGUUUCACCAGGGCGUGUGGCGGCUUUUCUUCAAGAAGAACCACAUACUGGUGGUGGGCGUGCCCGUCUCUCCUUACACGUCGAUGAAGCCCCCCCACAUCACCCCCCUCCACUUUCAGCGCCCACCCAAAGAGUAGCACCUGUGGAACAGGUCUGGUGCCCCACAUCCAGCUCUCCUUGCCUGCCCUAUUCAAUAAUACAAGUGUAUUGACAAUAUAUGAAGAGUUCAGAUGCAAAACCC